CCCUCAAUUGAGCUUAUUUCUUAUUGUCUAAACUGUCAAUCAAAAUGUUUCAAUCCGUCCGUUUUUCUUCACGCCUCCCAGCUCGUCUGGUACGGUGGAAUUCCACCGGUCCGGUCCUGCCACCCUUGAUGGCUACUUUGCGGACUGAUCUGAAAACUGCCAUGAGAGCCAAAGACACCACAAGACUGAAUGUACUUCGUGCUUUGAUCUCCGAGACCAACAACGCUGCCAAAACCGCCUCGCCGAUUCAGACAGACAUCCAGCUCUUGUCGCUUAUCCGCAAACGCCUGAAUGCCUCCAAAGAUGCGGCAAAGGAGUUUGAUGCCGCUGAGCGUCCAGAUCUGAAGGAGAAAGAGGAUGCACAGGUUGUGGUAUUGGAGGAAUAUGCUAGUCAGGUCAAGACCCUCCCCAUCGCCGAGAUCAAGGAAGUUGUCAUCAAUCAGAUCGCUGCCAUGAUCAAUGACAAUACGAAGCCCAACCAAGGAACCGUCCUCAAAGCUCUCUUUGCUGCAGGAGGCCCUCUAGAUGGCAAGCCAGUGGACCGGAAAGAAGUUGCUACCGAGGUGAAGAACGCGCUCUCUUGAGCUUACAUUUU